AUGUCCACCUCCACCUCCACCUCUGCCCCCGAUGCCAUGGACGUCGCCUCUUCUCCCGGCGCUUCUGUUCCGAGCCAUGUGGCCGACCGUGAGACCAAUGGCAAGCCGGCCAACCGCCCGAGCCAACUGUCCAACAAUGACCGGAACGCCGCCGACUCGUCAUCCAACAUGCCCGCGCCGCCGACCGCCGCCUCGUCCACUGUUCACCAGCCCAAGAUUGUACAAACUGCCUUCAUCCACAAGCUAUACAAGGCACGUGUCACUGACAGCAUUCGCAGCAUGCUGGAAGACUCCAGCAUUCAGCACUUGAUAUCAUGGUCGUCCAAUGCGGAGAGCUUCGUCAUGUCCCCCACUGCCGAUUUCUCCAAAGUCUUGUCACAAUAUUUCAAACAUACCAACAUCUCCUCAUUUGUGCGUCAGCUGAACAUGUACGGGUUCCAUAAGGAACGAGAUGUUUUCCACACUGGCAAUCCCGACACGACACUGUGGGAGUUUAAGCACGGCAAUGGCAGUUUUAAGCGGGGAGACAUCGCCGGACUGCGUGACAUCAAGCGACGAGCCAGUCGCCAUGCUCUAGUCCAUCGCGAGACCAACUUCACAAAGCCCAGCUCUUCGCAACCCGGUACACCUGCCGAGCCUCUCCAAAUCCCCCCCGAGAGCAUCGACGCGAGGCUCUCCAAUCUGGAGAACACUCUCUACGACGUCAGCGCACGAUUGCAACGAAGCGAAGAAAACGCCCACUACAUGCACCUGAAAAACCAGACUGCAAUGGAAAUGACGGGUCGGUUGCUCCAUUUCAACCAGGAACUGGCUCGGGCCAUAAUUUCCCUGGUGCCGCUGGACAGUGCAGUUCAACGUGAUGUCAUGAGUCUGCAAGCAGAGAUACAACGACAGGCCGAAAUGAUUCGGACGGUUGACGAGCCUCUAGACGUGCCGUUCGCAAGUCGCCAGCAAUACUUUGGCAACGUCGACAACGCCCCCGUGUCACCCGGGCAGCUGCCACAAGACGACACCAGACGACCAGUUGGUGGCCUGGCAGUACCGCAGUCCCAGGCCCGAGGGCAGCCCUUGUACCGACCCGGUGUACCGUCAGGUCUCGCGCUCGGGGCGCGUCGUCCAUACGGCUCGAUUGGCGGUGGCAGCAACACACAAUCCUCACCUCUCCGCAACGCCGCGGCUCCGCCACCCCCGGGUCCGCAUCCCCUCUCAAACAUGGAGACACCUCCCGGCAACCUGGCUCGAAGACACACUACUGCCGACAUCCGUGCCCAUGGAUGGCAGCCUACGCCCUCGUCCUUCUCAGCAUCCAACGCGCCUCCCGGCCCGUGGCCCUCGUCGCCUGGAAGAGUGGCCUCGGAAGACCAGCGUAUAAGAGAUUCGCUGUCGACAUACUCGCUGCAGACGGCUUCACAUUCUCACCCGCAUUCUCGUCCCACGACCCCUCCACCCCCGCACGCACCUGCAAACGGCGGCAGCAAUGGGGCGAAUACAGAUGCAUUUGGCGGGUGGUCCUGGAACUCAGGAGGCAACAGGGACACCAAAGGAUCCCUAUUCAAGGAUUCGUCGGCACCCCAAACUAGGAGAGGCAGCAUGGCGCACAUCCUGAACCCAAGUGACACGGCCGAGAGGUCAGACGAGGACGAAGAUCCGCGCGGCGACGACGACAGAAAACGAAAACGAAUGCAAUGA